AUGGCGACUUCAGCGCGUUUGGUAUCGUCGCUUCGACGCAGUGCGCUGUCUGCCCGCGUUGCGCCACGCACGCAAUGCUUGAGAUUGGCACCUCAACGCAGAAGAAUCACUUCGGCGACAUCGGAACCUCACCAGCCAGAUUCGAAAGGAGGCUUGGAUGGGCCCGCGCCUGCAAAGACCAUCAAAUUCACCUCGGAGUCAUACCCAGAACUUCAAAGAGAUUCGAAAUUUGCCAAACUCACAGAAGAGCAUGUGAAGUACUUCCAAGAGCUGUUGGGCUCGGAUUCUGCGUGCAUUGAUGGACUCACAAAGGAUGCGACAGAAGACAUUGAGCCCUUCAACAGUGACUGGAUGCGCAAGUUCCGUGGGCACACUCAAGUCGUUUUGAAGCCAAGCAACAAGGAAGAGCUCAGCAAGAUCCUAAAAUACUGCAAUGAUAACAUGAUCGCUGUGGUGCCACAGGGCGGUAACACCGGUCUCGUUGGUGGCUCCGUACCCGUCUUCGACGAGAUCGUCAUCAACUUGCAGAAGAUGAACAAAAUUCGGUCCUUCGACGAAGUCUCCGGGAUCCUGGUUGCUGACGCUGGAGUCAUUCUCGAGACCGCCGACAACUACCUCGCAGAGAGGAAUCACAUCUUCCCGCUCGACCUUGGCGCAAAGGGCUCGUGCCAGAUUGGUGGCAACGUCGCGACAAAUGCUGGCGGUCUGCGUCUCCUGCGGUACGGCAGUCUCCACGGCAAUGUUCUGGGCAUUGAGGCUGUCCUUCCAGACGGCACCAUUGUCAACGAUCUCUGCACUCUGCGCAAAAACAACACUGGAUACGAUCUGAAGCAGCUUUUCAUUGGGGCCGAGGGCACCAUUGGCAUCAUCACCGCCGUGUCGAUACAAUGCGCGGCACGAUCGCAGGCUGUCAACGUUGCCUACUUCGGCCUCGAAAGCUUCGAGAAGGUACAAGAAGCCUACCGCACAGCCAAGGGCCAGCUUGCAGAGAUCCUCUCUGCCUUCGAGCUUAUGGACGGUCGCACCCAAAAGCUGGUCAACAAGGUCACCGGCAAGAAUAUGCCCCUCGAGGGAGACUACCCUUUCUACUGCUUGGUCGAGACAAGUGGCUCGAACACCGACCACGAUAGCGAGAAACUCCAAGCUUUCCUCGAGCAUGUCAUGGAGUCCGAGAUUGUCCUCGACGGCACCCUAGCUGACAACCAGACGCAAAUACAAGAGCUCUGGUCAUGGCGCGAGGGCAUCACCGAAGUUCUUGGGCACGAGGGUGGUGUGUACAAGUACGACCUGUCGAUUCCCAUCUCGGAGCUGUACGACAUCGUCAAUGACACCAGGGACCGCUUGACUGAAGCCGGUCUCGUCGGUGACGGUCCCGACUAUCCUGUAGUCGAUGUUGUUGGCUACGGCCACAUGGGCGACGCCAACUUGCACUUGAACAUUCCCACUCGAAGAUUCGACAAGGCUGUCGAGAAGAAACUGGAGCCUUUCGUGUACGAGUGGGUGCAGAAGAGGAAUGGAAGUAUCAGCGCUGAGCAUGGCCUUGGUGUCACCAAGAAGCCCUACGUCAGCUACAGUAAGAACGAGACCAUGAUCAAGCUGAUGAAGCAGAUCAAGGACCUAAGGGCAUCAUGA